AUGACAGCUACUCCACCUCUACUGCCCGAGCUUGCUGCUCUCACAGGCGACGACUCCAUGCUCACCAGGCGUUUCGGCAAAGAAGUCACCAACUACUUCGCGGGUAGUCGACUUAAUCGCUACUCGUUUCUCCGCUCCGAUGCCGUCUUUCUCAACAAAGCUGCAACGGACCCUUCUGCACGCUUUGUCGCAUUGAAGGACCUCAGUCCUCUUGUGGUUGAUAAGCGGAAGCUUGCACUACUGACCUUUGAGGAUGUCAAGCCGCUUAUCAGUGAGCCGUUUACACGGCCCGACAAGGAGAGGAUCAAGAGUCACGAUUCUACUGGAGCACCGUCCAUAUUGAUUGUCUUUCUGGGCACGAUAGAUGGAGACGAUGUGACGUUUGAGACCUCAGAGCAUGGGGAUGUCAAGGGCCAGCCUUUCUUCGCAAUUGACAUCACAACCAGGGGACAGGAGAAGGAUGCCGUGGAGUCGUGGUUGAAGAUCCAGGAGGAGAAGGGACUGCGAAUAGUAACGGACACAAGAAGCUUGUCGUUACAUUCCGAAGCUGCCGCCAUGUUUGCCCAAGCUCGCUCAAUCAUAGACUGGAACACCCGCCACGGCUUCUGCGCAGGCUGCGGCAAUCCCAACCUAUCCGUCGAGGCAGGCUACAAGCGUGUCUGCCCCCCAACCGACCUCAAGGGCGGUUCUGAAGCAAUCGACCUGCCUGACUGUCCUACCCGCCAUGGCGUAUCAAACGUCUGUUUCCCACGCACUGAUCCAACCAUGAUUGCGGCCAUAGUGUCCGCUGACGGCCAGCGCAUGCUCCUUGGCCGACAAACCCGCUUUCCGCCCAACUGGUACAGCGCACUAGCUGGAUUCCUGGAACCUGGUGAAUCCGUUGAAGAAGCUGUACGCAGAGAAGUCUGGGAAGAAGCAGGUGUACGUGUUGGACGAGUGGUGGUACAUUCUACGCAGCCCUGGCCGUACCCUUCUAGUCUCAUGAUUGGUGCUAUUGCCCAGGCGCUGCCAGGUGAUGCGGAGAAUAUCAACUUGAAUGACAAGGAGUUGGAGAGCGCAAAGUGGUUUACCAUUGAAGAGGUCAGGGAGGCACUUGCGCGAACACCAGGUACUAUGAGUGCGCCGCCUCCAAAUGACUAUAAGGAGGGUGAUUUGAGGGUCCCGCCGCCGCAGGCCAUUGCAAAUAGACUGAUGACGGCGGUGGUGGAGGGAUAUUUGUCGGGGAAUCCUAAGAUUUAA